CUCGGUGCCCGCGCCCCGCAGCGGCAGCGCACAACGCACCGCCUCCGCCAGAGCCAGGGAAGCGCUCGGGCGAAGAGGAGGAGCCAAGGGUACCGAGCGGGUGGAGUCGGGAGCCAGAGAGCAGUGGAGGCGGAUUUCCUGGGCCCGGCCCUCUGGCGCUACCAUGGCGUUUGGCAAGAGUCACCGGGAUCCCUACGCGACCUCCGUGGGUCACCUCAUAGAAAAGGCUACAUUUGCUGGAGUUCAGACUGAAGAUUGGGGCCAGUUCAUGCACAUCUGUGACAUAAUUAACACUACCCAGGAUGGGCCAAAAGAUGCAGUGAAAGCUUUGAAGAAAAGGAUUUCCAAAAACUACAAUCAUAAAGAAAUCCAACUUACCUUGUCACUUAUUGACAUGUGCGUGCAGAACUGUGGCCCAAGUUUCCAGUCUCUGAUUGUGAAGAAGGAAUUUGUUAAAGAGAAUUUAGUUAAGCUACUGAAUCCUAGAUACAACUUGCCAUUAGACAUUCAGAAUAGAAUCUUGAAUUUCAUUAAGACUUGGUCACAGGGUUUCCCAGGAGGUGUAGAUGUAAGCGAAGUCAAAGAAAUAUACCUCGACCUGCUUAAGAAAGGCGUUCAGUUUCCUCCCUCAGAAGCAGAGGCUGAAACAGCAAGACAAGAGACUGCUCAAAUCUCAUCAUAUCCUCCAACAUCUGUCCCUACUGCACCAGCUCUUUCUUCUGUAAUUGCUCCAAAGAACUCGACUAUUACAUUGGUCCCAGAACAGAUUGGAAAAUUGCACAGUGAAUUGGAUAUGGUGAAAAUGAAUGUGCGAGUGAUGUCCGCCAUAUUGAUGGAGAAUACUCCUGGGUCUGAAAACCAUGAAGACAUAGAGCUUCUGCAGAAACUCUAUAAAACAGGUCGGGAGAUGCAGGAGAGGAUCAUGGACCUGCUUGUGGUGGUGGAGAAUGAAGAUGUAACUGUUGAGCUAAUUCAGGUGAAUGAGGAUUUGAAUAAUGCCAUCCUUGGAUAUGAGAGGUUUACUAGAAACCAACAAAGGAUUUUGGAGCAAAAUAACCAGAAGGAAGCCACCAGUACUACCAGUGAGCCUUCUGCCCCAUCUCAAGAUCUCCUCGACCUAAGUCCCAGUCCCCGGAUUCCUAGGGACACUCUGGGAGAACUCAACACCAUGAAUAAUCAACUUUCAGACUUAAAUUUCAGCUCUCCAAGUUCUGAUGUUACAAACAACUUAAAACCCAGUCUUCAUCCACAGAUGGACUUGCUAGCCUUGGAGAAUACAGAAAUACCCCUGUUUUCCCAAAGGAUCAGCCAAAACCUCACCUCAAGCCACGCAUAUGAUAACUUUCUGGAACAUUCAAAUUCAGUGUUUCUACAGCCGGUUAGUCUACAAACCACUGCAGCAGCACCAUCAAACCAGAGUCUGCCACCUUUGCCCAGCAAUCAUCCAGUGAUGACAAAAAGUGAUCUCCAGCCACCUAAUUACUACGAGGUAAUGGAGUUUGAUCCCUUAGCUCCUGCUGUCACUACAGAGACAUUGCAAAGGAUGCAGAUGAAGAGGCCAUGGAGUUUCCCUGUCCUCCCUGGAGUCCCACCCUCCAGAGCUAUUUAUGAAGAAAUCGAUGCUCACCAACACAAAGGAACUGAAAAUCACGGUGACUGAGAAGAAAGUGGAUGAUCAGCUCACUAGCCACAUCAAAGGUGCCAACUCUCUAAAGGGUAGACUGUGCAGCUUUGAAGCCUGGAAGACAAUACCUGCCACCAUGUCAAAGCCACGCUGGAACAUUUCUGCUAUAAUGAAGAUUAAAUAGAAGAAUAACAGUUCCAGGAUAACACUGAUUCCUGACAACAGCGUGAGAUUUCAACAGAACUUGUUGGAAACAAUUACUCACUUAAAACUUCAGCAGAAGAAAAAUUACUUAGUCCUUAGGCCAACCAAUUUAACUGCAGUGUCAUAUAUUUCACAGGCCCUCCUACAUUUAGAAAUCAUCACACAGCUGUGAUAAGAGUAGAUUAUUUUACUACAAAAUAAUUCUGAAUAGAUGAAAGCAUAAAAUGUGAGAAACUGAAUGUAUUAUUCAGGAAGAAUACUGAGUGCUUUCAUUUAACUAAAGUUGAAUGUAAAAGUCAAUUUGCACUUCUUUAUAAUCCUCUGGUUUAGAAUUGUAAAUUGUUAAAACCUUGAUGAUUGUCAUUUAAUUAUAUUUCAGGUGUCCUGAACAGGUCACUGGACUCUACAUUGGACGGCCUUGAAAUAUGAUUCUUUGUAAUGCUAAAUAGUCUUUCUCUUUUUACUGCAACUUAACAUUUCUAUUUGGAACACAGAAAAUGAAAAUAUUUAGAAUAAGUUGUACAUUUGAUGACAAAUAAAUCACUAUUAAAAUAAUACUUUUUUUCUUUUUUACA